UAUACAAAAUGAAAAUUAAGAAAAUCUAAAAUACCUCUGAAAAAUGCUUUGAGACUCGCUAAUGGAGUUGAGUUCACACAGUCGAGCGUGCAAGUUCUAGUGGAGUUGAGUUGUGUGCAAAGUAAUGGCGAUCUACAGAGCUCAAAAGAAUAGAACCCAGAAACCCAGAUCUCCAGUUUUGAUACUUACAGCUUCCCUUGUUGUUAUAUCUAUAUUGUAUCUUCUUUCUUCUUUCAAUUCUACAAAUGGGUCUUCUUCUUCUUACACUACAAAAGCACUCAAAGAUUUUGUGACCAUCAAUACUAAAAAGACAGCCUACGACAAGUACUUGUAUUGGGGUAAUAGAAUUGAUUGUCCUGGUAAGCAUUGUGGGUCCUGUGAAGGUUUGGGACAUCAAGAAUCUAGUCUUAGGUGUGCCCUUGAAGAGGCCUUGUUCCUUAAAAGAACUUUUGUGAUGCCUUCCAGGAUGUGCAUCAAUCCAAUACACAAUAAAAAGGGGAUCCUUCAUCAAGCCAGCAAUAAAAGUUUAGAUGAUGGGUGGGCAGCUAGUUCCUGUGCAAUGGAUUCUUUGUAUGAUCUAAAACUUAUAUCCAAGACUGUACCUGUGAUUCUGGAUAACUCAGAAAUGUGGUUCCAAGUCCUGUCAACAAGCCUGAAGUUGGGUUCCAAAGGGGUUGCUCAUGUUGCAGGAGUAACUCGGGUUGAUCUUUUGGAAAGAAGUGAAUACUCAAAUAUCUUUCUCAUAAACAGGACGGCAAGCCCUCUUUCUUGGUUUAUGGAGUGCAAGGAUCGGAACAAUCGCAGUGCAAUAAUGUUGCCAUAUUCAUUUUUGCCUUCCAUGGCUUCUAAAAAGCUUCAGGAUGCUGCAAAUAAGAUAAAAUCAGACCUUGGUGAUUAUGAUGCUAUUCAUGUUCGUCGAGGUGAUAAAAUCAAAACAAGGAAAGAUGGACACGGGGUUGACAGGAGCUUACAUCCACAUCUGGACAGGGACACACGUGCCGAAUUUAUUCUCUGCAGAAUUUCAAAAUGGGUACCAGAUGGUCGAACACUCUUCAUUGCUUCAAAUGAGAGGACCCCUGGUUUCUUUUCACCUCUCUCGGCAAGGUACAAGCUAGCAUACUCAUCCAACUACAGCAAUAUAAUAGAUCCAUUGAUUGAAAAUAACUACCAACUGUUCAUGCUAGAAAGACUAAUCCUGAUGGGUGCAAGAAAAUUUAUCAGAACAUUCAAAGAAGAUGAAAAUGAUCUCAGCCUGACAGACGACCCAAAGAAGAACACAAAAGUGUGGCAGAUACCUGUUUAUACCAAGGAUGGAGAGGCGUGUUGAUAAAAACUUUCCCUUUAAAUAUUCACCGUUCUCCUUGAGAUUGCUCAGUUCUCACGGAUCACACUGCCAUACAUUGUGGUUGGUCAUUUAUCUUGAGCAGAAUAGAACCAUGACAUCUGCCUUGAAGCUCGAAGCCGUCAAUCAUCUGCCAUUUUGCAUGUUUAUUAUCCCAGCAGCCAGAGAGUAAUACUAAAGUGGCACCUCUUAGUACUAAAGUGUUGUGGCAUUGCUACAUUGCAAUAUAUGUACAGAAGAAAAAGGUGAUUGUUUUUGUGAUUAAUUUUGCCAAUAUAUUGCAAUCUGUAAUGGGUAUAACUUGUCAGAUUAGGCCUUCUGCGAGCAACCUUGUUGCUGCUAAAUGUGUUGGAAUUUAGAUAAAUUCAUUACUUAUAAUCAUCGUUUGAUUUUUUGGGAAAUAGUAAUCGUGCAUUUUGUUUA